AUGGAAAGUUCAAAUCAUUUAGCCUGGGCUUCCUCGAUUGAGUUGUGGUACAAAGGUCAAGGUGUCCAAGAUCACCUAAAUAUUAAGGCUAGUGUGGUAGAUGAAAAGGAAAAAUCUAGUGCGGAAGAUGCGAAAGCCAAAGAACAAUGGGAGAAAGUUGACGCUCAAUUAUGUAGUCUCUUAAGGCGAUCUAUUGAUUCUAAGUUAAUGCCCUUAUUUUGCUCAUUCCAGACAUGUUAUCGAGUUUGGGAAAAGUCUCGUGCUUUAUACACUAAUGACAUAUCUCAUUUUUAUGAUGCGAUAUCUCGAAUGACCAACUUGCAGAAACAGAAAUCCAAUAUAUCCACUGACUUGGGACAAGUACAAGCAGGCAGGGAAGAAUUUGAUACAUUGAUGCCCAUCACUGCGGAUGUGAAAAACAAAAAGAGAACAGGAUGGAAGCAGGCUAUGAUUAAUGAGAUGUCUGCUUUAUAUGCGAGUGGUACUUGGGAGCUUGUUUCUCUUCCUACAGACAUUCUUGAGAAGACAGGAAUGACGGGAUAUAGACCCAUUGACACUCCUAUGGAUCCAAAUGCUAAACUUCUGCUAGAACAGGGGGAGCCACUCAGUGAUCCUAAAAAGUAUAGGCAGUUGGUUGUAAAGUUGAAUCAUCUUACCGUGACUAGAUCUGACAUAUCCUUUUCUGUGAGUGUUGUAAGUCAGUUUAUGAAUUUUCCUUGUGAUAAUCAUUGGGAUGCAGUUGUUUGUACUUCACGAUAUAUAAAGUCAGCUCUAGGUAAAGGACUACUCUUUGAGGAUCGAGGUCACGAGCAUAUCAUUGGAUACACAGAUGCUGAUCAGGCAGGAUCACCCUCUGAUAGAUGUUCUACCUCCGAAUAUUGUGUUUUAGUAGGAGGUAAUUUGGUGUCUUGGAAGUGUAAGAAACAGAGUGUGGCUUCUUGA